AGAGGUUGUAGUGGAUACCACUGCUUACUGAGUUAACACAAGGAAAAUGGUGGUGAAUGGCUUUCUCAGACCUAUGGAAUACUGAUUUUGCUCUUGGUUAGGCUCUGGCAUUGAAGAUAAAUCAUCAUUAUGAGACAUAAGGAACCUCUGCAUCGCUUGGCUAUUGGUUGGCUCUGGAAUUCCUGAUUUGGAAUUAAUUUGGAUUAACUACACGGGAUCAUUGCAAUUUGAAACCAAAAGCCAGACUUCUUGGUGUGCUUGGGCUCCUUCCCACGACCUGUUGACUUGGUUCUUCUCUGAAACCCUGUGGAUAUUAUACAUAAUAGAGACCAGGAGGAGAGACAGAGAGACAGAGAGACAGAGAGAAAGAGAAAGAGAAAGAGAGGCACAGAGAGAGAGAGAGAGAGAGAGAGAGAGCAGAAUAAAUAAUUACUGUACGUUAUUAUAAGGCAUGAACUCCCUUUCAAAGAGCACAAAGAGCAGGGGGAAGCAGCGACAGCGUUCUGCAGGAGACGGUGUUGACGCGGCCCUAUAUUGCCCCCUCCAUGGGGUACGGCUCGGCCAUCUUUGAGAUAUGGAUGGCCAAUGGUGGGACCAUGCAUCUUGGCAUAGCGAGGCCUUGUCUAUGCACCCGAUGACAUGGCAACCGUCCAAAGAUGGCGAGCGCCUGAUUGGGCGGAUUAUACUAAACAAGAGGAUGAAGGAUGGAACAGUGCCCCGAGACACAGGAGCUCUGCUGGGACUCAAGGUGGUUGGAGGAAAGAUGAUGGAUUCUGGUCGACUUUGUGCUUUCAUCACUAAAGUGAAGAGAGGAAGUCUAGCAGAUACUGUUGGUCACCUUCGACCAGGAGAUCAGGUUCUUGAAUGGAAUGGGAGGGUCCUACAAGGAGCAACAUUCAAGGAAGUUUAUAAUGUCAUUCUAGAAUCAAAGCCAGACCCCCAAGUGGAGCUGGUUGUGUCCCGUCCCAUACGAGAUUCUCCCAGUAUCUCAGAGAGCACACAUGGACAACUUGAAUCAAAUUCGAGUUUAUUUGAAUCCCAGAAGAUGGGUCGAGCAAUAUCCGUCACUUCCCCCAUGAGUCCCGGGAUGCUCCGCUACUCCCCACAGUGCCUGUCUGGACACGUCUCAGUCAAACUGUGGUACGACAAGGUGGGUCACCAGCUCAUAGUCACCAUCCUGGGAGCUAAAGAAUUUCCUUCAAGGGAAGACGGCCGGCCCAGGAACCCCUAUGUUAAAAUAUACCUCCUCCCCGACAGAAGUGACAAAAGCAAAAGGAGAACGAAAACGGUGAAGAAGUCCCUGGAGCCUAAAUGGAACCAGACGUUCAUGUACAUGCCUGUCCACUGGAGGGAGUUUAGAGAGCGCAUGCUGGAGAUCACUCUGUGGGACCAGGCCAGGGUCAGAGAGGAGGAGAGUGAAUUCAUGGGAGGGAUCCUCAUAAACCUGGAGACAGCCUUGAUGGAUGACACAGCCCACUGGUACAAGUUGCAAACCCACGAUGUAUCCUUCUUGGCAAUGCCCAACCCCUCACCCUACACACAGAGGAAACUGCUGUCGGGAGAGAGCCCCACUAGAAGGUUACAGAUGUCCCAGAGAAUUAUUGACAGUGAGUUCUCUGAUUUUGACUGCGAGGACGGGAUCGGUGUCAUAGCAGACUACAGACACAACGGCAGGGACUUCCAGAGCUCCACGCUGUCUGUUCCAGAACAGGUCAUGUCCUCCAACUACACCUCCCACUCUGACAUGGCCAGGACCUGGUCAAGGUCGCCAAGUCUUCCCCCUCCACAGAGUCGGAGUUUGGACCACGGCAUGCGAGGGGGACCGCUUUCUUUUAGCUCAGGUCGGAUGGACCGGCAUCGCUUGUCUGAAGACUGCUACUCACCAGACAGGAUGAACACUUACUUGGUCCAAACAAGCACAACCGGUUCCCCAGUGUCUCAUCAAAGAGGACGACAGCUACCCAACGUCCCAUCCAAGGGCUCACUGGAUCGAAAAGAUGGAGAGGAGAUGAACAAUUCUUAUCAAGGAGGACCAAUGGCGUAUCAAACACCUCACCCCAUCCACUACCGAGUCCCCUCCCCUCUCCAACACCAGCCAUCAAUUCCUGUCCAGCAACAUCCUCCACAACCUCUCAUACGCCAACUAUCUGCCCCUGUACAGUACCAAAACCAGCCCCCUGUAUAUUACCAAGGCCCACCCUCUGCUCUGUAUCAAGCUCCUCCCCCUGUCCAGUCCCCAGCCCCUUCCCCAGCCCCUGUUGUAACCUCUCCUCCAGCCCCUGCCCCAGCAGUACCUUCUCCUCCAGCCCCUGCCCCAGCAGUACCUUCUCCUCCAGCCCCUGCCCCAACACCUGCCUCAGUUGUAACCUCUCCUCCAGCCCCUGCCCCAAGUGUAACCUCUACUCCAGCCCCUGCCCCAGCACCUGCCCCAGUUGUAACCUCUCCUCCAGCCCCUUCCCCAGAGCCAGCCCCUGCCCACCCCCCAGCCCCUGCCCCUGUCACCUCUUCACCAGCCCCAGAGCCAACCCCAGCCACAACUCCAGCCUCAAACCCUGUGCCGCCACCACAGACUCCUGAGCCAGACACUGAGAGAAGCCAGUCUACAGUCAGUAAUGGGAGGAACACACCUGGGGGUACGAGAAAAGCGAGGCUCUCCAUACCCCUAUCAGAGGGCCUCCUACCAUGGAUCGUCACAGGGAGUCAGUCCUCCAGCCUACCCAGCCGUCCCCCUAGAUGGGAGCCCCCACCACAGAGGUCCAAGAUUGCCACAGUAAUUUCCCUGCUGACCAGGCAGGCGUUGAAGUGGGCUAUGGCCGUCUGGAAGAGAGGAGAGGAGGAGCUGGUUUACUUUGUGAGGUUCAUGGCUCUGUUCAGGGCGAUCUUCGACCAUCCUCCACUGCAGACGCUGAGAGGCUCAGACACUGCCAAAUCCUUGGACAGUGAUGUUAGCGACGUGUCCGCUAUGCCAUGUGCUUCUCGGCUCAGCAGCAUGAGCCACAUGUCUGUCCAGUCAGAGACGGCAAAGGGAAGCCACAACAUCAGUGAGGGCCAGUUGGAGGUGGGGAUUUUGGCUGAGGUGGCUGAGGAAGUAGUGGGAGGAGCAGAAGGAGGCCGAGUGGGGGCAGAGGGGGGCGGAAGUGGGCCGGAGAGCGGGGAGGGGGCAGUGUCAGGGGAAGAGGAGGAGGAAGAAGACACAGCAGAGACCAAGCCAGUGGCGGCAGCUCCCAUCCAGAGGAGCUCCAGUGUGGGAGGGGAGAUGUGCUCUCUGAACAGGAAUGAUGACGAUGAUGACGACAAGAAGAGGCGCUCAAGCUUCGGUGCUAAAAUAAUGGGGAUGGUCGGCCUCGGGAAGAAAAGCCAAAGCGCCACGCAGAUCAAUGAUGAGGAGGAGGAAGGGAAGAAGAAGAUAAUUCGUCUGCCAGUCCAGAGGAGUGUUGAGACGGGAUUGGCCAUCGAGUUCAAGAGCAGAUUGACACGGCAGGUUAGCCGAGAGUCUUCCGACCCUGACGCCGAGGCCAAGCCGGGAAAUCUUAUCUUCCCCGGUGUCCGUAUCACAUCUGACAUCCACUUCACUGAGUUCCUGGAAGGGUUGGGCCCCGCACAGCUAGCCGGUAGACAGACACUUGCCACGCCACCAAUGGGUGACAUCCAGAUAGGGAUGGUGUACAGGAAAGAACGUCUGGAUGUGGAGGUCAUCAGGGCCAGAGGACUUGUGGGUAAACAAGGCAACAAGCAGCUGCCAGCCCCCUAUGUGAAAGUAUAUCUGAUGGACAACGGGAAAUGCAUAGUCAAAAAGAAAACCAGACUGGCUAAAAAAACAUUGGAUCCCCUCUACCAGCAGCAACUUCAGUUUGAGGAGAGUCCAGAGGGGAAGGUUUUACAGAUAAUCGUGUGGGGGGACUAUGGACGCAUGGACCACAAAUCCUUUAUGGGAGCUGCUCAGAUACUUUUAGAUGAUUUAGACUUAUCCAACAUGGUGAUUGGUUGGUUCAAACUGUUCCCCCCCACCUCAUUGGUGGAUCCAACUUUGGCACCUUUAACUAGCAAAGCAGCAGUAGCAGAACAAGCUGCAAAUGCAGCAAAAUUAAGGGACAGCUAGCAUUGUCAUAGAAAUAAGCAACAGGAGGUAAGUCUGCCAGGCCACACCCUCUUGGGCCAAGCCCUGGUUACCCUGGUAACACUGCAUGCUUGAUGUUCUGAGCCUAUGAAGAGGGAGGGUAGAGUCUGGAGCAGGCCAUCUGAUCUUACUGCAACAAGGUGCCCUCUGCGGGUGGAACUGUCUUACUGCAACAUGGGUCAGGAAACCCUAACGCUAACCCCCCUGGGUCUACACCCCUCCUAGGGAGGACCAGACAGGCACAUGAACCUGUGGCAAGAAAAGGAAAGAAGAAGUGGAAUGAAUUCAGUGGUACUAGAUUUCAGUCUCUGUUAAAUCCAUGAUGAGGAAAUAGAACAACUAAUUCAUGAGUUGGAUUAGGGUUAGUUGUACAGUUUGUCAUGACAUGGCCCUUUCUGGGUGUAGAUUGUGGCUUCCCCCUCUCUCACUGUCUCCUACACCCAGGUUCUGUUAUCUCAGGUCUUAAAUUCCUGGCGGAGGCUCUCUUCCCUUUUGAUGCAGAGAGACCACAGAGUGAACAGUGGAUUUCACGUGGCCGAACUCCUAAAUCCCCAAAAUGGGGAAAAUUAAACUAUAUGUCCUCUUGUGAGAAUGUGGGAAGGGUCUGUGGACACUUAAGGGACAGUUAUGUUGAGUGUGUUUCAUUUGGUGACCUCACGAAGGACACGAAACACACAUAACUAUAUCUCUGAAUGUGUACAUUUUUCAAGUUUGGUGUUUGCAUCUAAUUCUUGUAUGAAAUUAAUGAGUAAGGAUGAAACUCUUUGUGAAAUGAAGUUUAAAGUUUAACUAAGUCAUUGGCCCGCCCCCGAGAGCACAGACAUGAUCUGGCGUCAUGGAACCGCCUUUUCUAUUGUUACGAAUAAACCCCCUCCUGAGGAAAUCCUCUUCAGACUAAGCAAACCCACAACGUGAGCUGUGGUUGUGAAUAGUUAAUACCAUGCAUACCUCGGUGUAAGCUGAUGUAGCACAGGCUUGAGUACCAAGACAAGAAAACCAUACCACGUGGAGCAUUGGCUACACGGCUGGAAAUGGUUCAACUCUGAGAUUAUCGAUCCCCACAGAAUAAGAUAGAUAGAUACUAGUUACUAGUCCGCAGUUAGAAAUUAUGUAAACCUGGGACGAGAAUACCGAAAACCUCCGAAACAUCUAUGAGAACAUUUUUGAAUGGUACUCUGAAGUAUCCAUUCUAACCAAGAAAGACUGAUCUUCAGGGAAACAGAAAGAGAGAGAGAGACUUGGAUGAACUUUCCAGCAGACAGACCGGAUUCCAACAGAGAAGACAACAAAGACCCAUCAUAAAUAUGUACUUGCAAUUAUUAUCAACUGAGCGGAUGUUCAUGUGCGAAGGAUGAGCAUUUCAAUAUAUAAAAUUAUAGACUAAUGAAUUCAUUUUGUCUUUCCCUUUGUCCACCAAGCUGUUAUAUUGGCUUAGCCCACUAGGGAAUCUUCCCUAUCAUUGUUAGUAACCAAUAUCUACUGUUUGUUUAUUUAUGCAUUUCUGUCAUUAUUUAGUUAGUAAAUAAAUUAUU